UAAUUUGUUGAUAUCCUGCUUGGUAGUAUUCAUUUAGACUUUUGGUAUUUUUUUAAAAGGCACAGUUAUCCCCCCAGCGUUAGGUUUUUUUUUUUUAUUUGCAUUUGGCAGCGUCGUUAACGAGACAGUGAUAUAUAUGAAGGGCUAAUGGAAGACACAAGGGAUCUGCAGUGUUGCAGACUUAAUGUUUGUUAGCGCAGCCAGUUAGCAUGUCACCUGUGAUGCUCUGAGGAGGAAGUGGACAGAAAAUCAGCUUGUAUUUGUCAGGCUGAACGAACCCCACGUUCAGAGCGUAAGCGGAGAGACUCGUUCGGGAUGUUUGAUGGCUACGACAGCUGCAGCGAGGAGUCCACCAGCAGCUCCAGCUCAGAUGACAGUGAAGAUGAGGUGGUGCCCUCCAUCCCUGCCAGCCUGCCCAUCAUUAAGAACAAUGGUCAGGUCUACACCUACCCUGACGGCAAGGCUGGAAUGGCCACGUGUGAGAUGUGUGGGAUGGUCGGAGUACGAGAUGCUUUUUAUUCAAAAACCAAGCGCUUCUGCAGUGUGUCCUGCUCGAGGAGUUAUUCCUCAAAUUCCAAAAAAGCUAGCAUUCUGGCAAGACUCCAGGGCAAACCACCAACAAAAAAGGCGAAAGUCUUACAGAAACAGCCUCUUGUGGCGAAGUUGGCAGCUUACGCCCAGUACCAGGCGAGUCAACAGAACCAGGCCAAAUCGAAAGCUGUGGUCCCUGCUGAGAUCUUUGACUGGGGGCGGUACAUCUGUAGCAAUAACACCGUUGGCGCUCCAGUCAGCUGCUUCAAACACGCCCCGAUGGGGACGUGCUGGGGCGGCAUAGCGGAAGGAGUGAGGAUUGAAGUGCUCAACUCCGACACCAGCCUCUCCACUAAGGUGUACUGGAUAGCAGAAAUCAUUAAGCUAGCAGGGUUUAAGGCUCUCCUGCGGUAUGAGGGCUUUGAUAACGACACCAGUAAAGACUUCUGGUCUAAUCUCUGCAUCCCCGAGGUGCACCCGGUGGGAUGGUGUGCGUCGAGUGGCAAACCCCUCGUACCUCCCAAAAGCAUACAGCAUAAGUACUCAAACUGGAAAGCUUUUCUUGUGAAGCGUCUCACUGGAGCUAAAACACUGCCGCCUGACUUUAAUUCCAAGGUACAUGAAAACAUGCAGUUUCCCUUUAAGAAGCUGAUGCGCGUGGAGGUGGUGGAUAAGAACUACCUGUGCCGGACACGGGUGGCGCUGGUGGAGCAGGUAAUCGGAGGUCGCCUCAGGCUUGUAUACGAGGAGAGCCAGGACCAAUCGGAUGACUUCUGGUGCCACAUGUUCAGCCCCCUCAUCCACAACAUUGGCUGGUCGAGAAGCAUCGGACAUCGCUUCAAACGAUCCGAUGUAACCAAGAAGAUUGAGGGUCAGGCUGAUGCUCCUGCACAGGUCUUCCAAAAGGUGAAAGAUGUGGACCAGAGCGGGGAUUGGUUCAAAGAUGGGAUGAAGCUAGAAGCCAUCGACCCCCUCAACCUCUCAGCUAUAUGUGUAGCCACUGUAAGAAAGGUGUUGGCAGACGGGUACCUCAUGAUCGGGAUCGACGGGUCGGAGGCGGUGGAUGGAUCAGACUGGUUCUGCUACCACAGCACCUCCCCCUCCAUCUUCCCUGUCGGCUUCUGUGAAAUCAACAACAUUGAACUCACGCCCCCUAGAGGGUACACUAAACUGCCAUUUAAAUGGUUCGACUACCUCAGAGAGAUGGGAUCAAUCGCUGCUCCUGUCAAGCUCUUCAACAAGGAGGUUCCCAAUCACGGUUUCCGGCAGGGUAUGAAGCUGGAGGCCGUGGAUCUGAUGGAGCCGCGGCUGGUGUGUGUUGCCACGGUGACAAGGAUUGUGCACCGGUUACUGAGGAUCCAUUUUGACGGCUGGGAGGACGAGUACGACCAGUGGGUGGACUGCGAGUCACCUGACCUGUACCCAGUGGGCUGGUGUCAGCUGACGGGCUACCAGCUCCAACCGCCCGCCUCACAGAGUAACAGAGAAAUGCCUCAGUCUGUACCCAAGCAGAAGAAAAAGGCUCAGCAGUACAAAGGCCAAAAGAAAAAAAGGAAGAUUCCGGUUGGUCGACGUCCCUUCAGUCAGGCAGGCAGGAGGAGGAGCAGCUUCUCAGGGGACGAAGAGCAGAGUCCGCCCCCUUACCCUGCCCAGGGGCCCACUCGGCCCCGACCCCGAACCCACCUCCACCAAACCCACAAAUCAGAGUCUCUUCUACGGAUGAAAGAGGAGGCGGCCGAGGUGGACGAAUUCACCUUCUCACAGGGCACCUCGGACCAGGAGAGCAACGGCUCAGGCAGCUACUACAUCAAACAGGAGCCCUGAGGACACACCAACCAGGACGGAGCAGGGCGACCUGGGACAGGACACACCCCCCCCCCCAGCCAGGAUCAGGAACGCGGAGAGUUAAACAAGCCUCGAAUCACACUCAGACCAACAACGCGGACGGGCCUUCUGUGGAGUCAAGAGAGCCCCACGCUGCAGAAAAGGGGGGAGUUUUUAUGAUUCUGAAACAUCGUGAAGGCGUAUCCCCCAGUUUUCCAACCUUGUAGCUGUUUGUGCACAUGAUCACUCACAACAUGUGUCUGAUGGAGGGGUUGGGAUGCACCCAGGGUCGGGCCUGGGUCUCACACCGUUUGGGCGAUUUCAUCCUCGGGUGAUGCAUCGUGAUUCUUCUCCUCUCCGGUCUGAAAUCCGAUAAUUUUUGAUUGGAUUAAAAAACACAACCUUUUUUCUACAAAAAUGGGGGUCCUGCUAUCUGGGCCACACACAGAGACCUGUAGAAACUGUGAGAACCAUUUAUUGAGCCAGGUCUUUCCAUGUCUUUCUUUUUUCUUCUUCUUGUUUUUGUUUGUCUUCAGGUCAGAGAGUCAGCCACUGAACGGCCUGAGGAGCGCGGAGAGGCUGGCAGGAAGAGGAACAGCUCUGUACAUUUUGAUUAUUUUCUUCUGAACAUUUUUGCCAGCUGGACUUUUACUUUGUUUAUAGUACUUGAAAUAUCCCCCCAACCCCUUGAUUUCAUUUUUAUUUUUUAUUAAUGUACUUAUUUUGCAUUUACAUAUUUGGUGGCUGCGUGGGAAAGUUAAUGUGCGUUGUUUCAUAAAAGUGAUUAUAUUGAUAUAGUAUGUGAAGGCUUAUUCAUAAAGAAUGACAGAGUAUAGAUAUUAAUGAUUUAAAGCGACAGACGAGUUCAACGCUGCUCAGCAGGAACCGUCUUCAUGUUUCUCUCUGUUUGUUUGUUUCUCACACUUUGAAGACGUCCUCGGCGGCGUUCAUUUCUGCUCCAAACAUUACACAACCAAAGUCUGAUUCAAGGCGAAUGUUCAGAACUUUUUAGAAAUGCUUUCAGGUGAUUUAGAGAGAGAGAGGGAGGGGGGGGAGAGAGAGAGAGAGAGACAGAAAGGCGCUGCCUUACAGCAAUUUUUGCAAGGUUCAAUUACAUGUAACAUAUUUUAAAGAAUGCAAAUUGAUGUAAAAGUCACAGAGGCCCUAAGAGGACAAAAAAAACAAAACAACUGGCACUCACCAGAAACUAUCCUGUGGGCAGGAAAGAAGUUUCAUGUGCUCACAAAAGUUGCACGGGUGCACGAGAACUUGCUCACGGCAUAUUUUCUCGUGCAUGCAAUAAUUUCUCAUGCUCACGAGAUACUUUCUGGUGCACCUCUCUUACUUGUUUCUUUGGUUUUUUUUGUCCCCUCAGGGGCUCCGUAGGUAGUGUCUCUGUGCCAAAAGUGGAGCCCAUAAAAAAAAGUUUUUCAUAACAUCUGGAUCUGAUCAGAUUUCCACAAAGGUCACGUCUACGUAAAUGAAUGUUUGGGUCAAUAUUCUCUUCACGUUUGGUCUGAACAAAGCAUAGAGCCUAAAAGAUUCCACUUUAAAGCUGCUUCUGCUUCCUGUAGGAGCGUCAGUUGUUUUUGUUGAACGUAGCUGGUAGGUGACAUUUUUUGAAAUCUGUUUCCUCUCCAUGUGGAGCUAAGUUUCACUUCUCAGUAAUUAUUUUGAACAUUUUGUCGCAGCUUUAACCGUGACCAUGCCUCCUGAGGAUAUUUGGUCGAACUCGUCCUUAUGUAACGAUCUUAUUUAACAACAGAAACAUUUACUUAAACAUUCCUUCUUAUUAGCACUGUUUGUAUUGUAUUUACAGGAUUAUCUGUGUCGUUCAGUUUUUGUUUACGUCCACCUCCAAAACUGUGACUCUAUUCCCUGCCACACUUUUAUAUUAUUUACUGGAGGAAAAGCUGGGUGAAGAGAGCACAUGUUUAUUUGAAUGAUGCAUCAGUGUUGGAUGGCUCCGUGUGGACCUGUCACAGUAAUCCUCAGUCCCACAGUAGCACUUAAAGCUCGAGUCAGUGAACAUCCAGAGGAAAGCUUUCUUCAUGUUUGAACUAAAAGUCUUGGAGGUUUAAGAUAAACUUUAGAAUAAAAACAUGGGGCUCUGUGUGCUGUAAUGUCGAGCAGAAAUUAUGUCGCUGUGGAGAUGAAAUUAUUUUUAUCCAUUUCAAAGUUUGAAAGAUGAGAAACAAACUGAAAGUGUGACUGAAAAUGAGCAGCGGAAUAUAAAAGAGACCGCACCUUACUGACACACGUUUACUCCCACUGUCUCGCCGUUCAACACGGAGUAGAAGCAGAAACGUUUGGACGUAGGAAGGUAACGUGAGCAGCAGCGUUGACCUCGUGUGGUUCAGAUGUUGUGAGCGCUGCUGGAUGCUUGACUCGCAUCAAGUGUCACUCCAGCAGCGGUUCAUUGGUUGGUGUUGUGCUCUGGACCGCUGGUUGAUGAAGACAGAAGUUCAAACCGUCGAGUUAUACGGAGUGUGGAGUGUGCCGCCGCGAUAACCAGACUCAAUCUUUGUGCAACUGGAGUUAAUUAUUACUUUUCAGAAUGAUCUUAUAUAUAUUUGUUUUCAUGUUUUAUUUGGGUAAUGCAUCAGGAAAACGUAGAUUUAAUUGUUUUACAUUUUCAGAAAGUCAAGAAACUUUUGAAGUCGUAAAAAAAGAAAAUAAAGGCCCGCCUCGUACUGGCGCCUGUCCCAAAGUCAUUUUAUAGACUGAUGUAAAAAAAAGAGCCUGGGCUGUUUUUUGAAGUUUAACCGCAUCUUGAAAUAAAUUAAACCUUAUUCUAAACAUUUCUUAAGCAUUCUCAAAUUUCAGACAGAACUUAAAACUUUGUUCACAACAUUUCCAAAAUUGAAUUGAAGUGUUUUUGUAAAAUCUAAACUUGGAGUUAAAAAAAAUUUUCCUCCUUUGAUUUAAACUUUAUUGUUAGUCUAUUCUUAACAUCUAAAAAAAAAAAAAAGGAGACUUUUCUGGAAAUGUAGGACAAGUCAUUCUUUUUUCAGAUGCCUGAUCCUUAGUGUAAACAUAACGAUCAAAAUGUUGUAAAAAUCUGAGAAAUACGAUUCUCAGUUUGUAGAUUAAAUCAUUUUUAUAUUGUUUUUUUGAUGCAUUACUAAAAUGAACACAUUGAAUAAUUGCUUCUUAAAAAUGACACAUUUUAAUCCAGUUGCACAUAUUAAGUGUGGCCCUCUCGAGCUUCCGUACAAUCAGCGCGUGUGGUCACCAACUUUGGUGUUGUUUAAAGGUCAGACGUCUGAAUUUGUGUUUUAUUGAAAGAAAAAGAAAAAAAAAGCUUUGGUGAAACGGUCUCCUCAUCAAACAACUUCGUUGUCAAGAAAAAAAAAAAGAAGAAUUUAUUGAAUAUUGUAUUCGGGUCAUAUGCAAAGUGUUUUUUUUUCCCCUCUUAUCGUUCUCAUGUUGGAGCCAUAUGUAUGCAAGCUAGUCGACGAUUCACCUGAGCCACAGAAUAACACGGGAACAAUGCACUGCUUUUCACAGAGUCUCUCCCAGGACAGCAUUUUAAACCAGACCACAGGAUCUAAAGAAAGUGGCAUAAAUACACAGAUUCUAUACUUCUAUAAAUAUAUAUAUUCCUCAUGACUCUGAUGGACGAACACAUGGUGAGUCGUCAGUAAGUCAGACGAGACUCCUCUCAUUCUCUUUACAGAUAGAUUGGUUGCAGCUGUUUAUCUACUACCUCCUGAUGCUAGCCACGCUCAGCUAAAACACAAGUGUGACGUAAUAGACUAUGGCAGUGUGUUAGCAUAUGCAAAUGAAAAUGAUUUAAAAAAAAGACUAGACACCAAACACCCAACAGCACACGAGGUAGUCUUCUAAUUUGAGUGAUGCAAUAAUAAUAUAGAGCCCAUAUUAUUUUGCUAUGUUAAAUACGAAACUUAUAGCACCCUCAAAUGUCAUGAUCACUACAUUAAUAUAAUUAACAUAUGAGAUAAUUUAACAAAAUGCUAUUGUAUAACUGUGAUUGUGUUUGUGAGUAAGGGUUCAUAUACAGAAGUGCAGAGCGCAUUCAAAACUUCUCAGUGCCGGUAUAAAAAAAAUAAAAAGAUCCAUCAUUUCUCUUUCUGCCAGUAAGGUUCAUGAUUCAAUUCUCAGGAAGUUUGUGUUUUCUUUUCUUCUUCUUUAUUUUUGGAUGUAAAACUUUGUGACUACAAAUCUGAAUCAGCUGGGUUUGAAAUGCUCGAAGGUGAAGUCUUCAUUUGUGUGCAUCGUCCGUAUGGAAGCAAACAAGGGCCUCAGUUACGAGAGUCAGUAACUGAAAACUAUUAUUUCAAAUCAUAAAUAAAUAUUUGACGCUAAAAUACUGACUUAUAAGUAUGAUCACAUUUUCAGGGAGGAAGAGUGUGGAACAUUUUAUACAUAAAUAUAUCAGAAAUCAAGUCUAUCCUGUGUAAAUGUGUCUCUGAGUCAUGACUGUCUAUAGUGAGUGAGAAGCUCGAGUCCCGCUGGCUGUGUUGUUGUCAGAGCUGUGUUUACAUGGAAAUGAAGUGGACGUAAUCCUCGUCCUUAAAAGCCUAUCUGGUUAGUUCAGUUUAAAUCUUGCACACUCAUUGUCAUCUCUAACAACACAUACACAGUUAAACUUCUGUUAAAUUUUCCCACACUCAAACACCAUCUGGUUUUGGAAAAAGACUUAAGUCAUUUAUUUCCAGGAUUAUUUCAUUAUUUUAAGGAUUAGAGCCCAAUCAAAAAAAUCUCAACAUCAAAUCUUUUAAAAUAAAAAACCUACAUAAGGACAUCAGGGUAACCUCGUUAAUUCAAUUUGAAACGUUAUUUUCUAGUUUUCUUAAAGAAAAAAGUUCAAGAUGAGGUUUUCGUUGUGAUGACAUUUAUUAUUAAGUCUUCGAGUGCGUUUCAGACUCUCACCACAAGGGCACUUCUUUGCUUCCAUAUUAUCCAGUUCUUAUCUGACUUUCCCCUUUCAUGAUUUGUUGUCGCUUUUUCAAAUCUGUCUUAAUGUUAAAUUCUAUAUUUGAAUGAUGUCUAAAAAAACAUGUUUGUUUUUUUGUGGUGUUUGAAUUUAGCUUUUGCCAACUUUCUGUGUUCCUCUUGUUUCCUAACGGGGUGUUGAGAUAGUUUCCGACCUGUUUUUGUCAUUUUAUUCGUCUCCUGAUCAGAUUUGAUAAAAGCUCCGCAGAAAGCUUCGAAGACCAAACGAGCAAUAAAAGUGUCACAAUCAUUAGAAACAGAUCGGGUGUCAGGUUAGGGAUCUGUCGUGGGACUUUUGGUUCCUCUGAUGUUGAAAGGCAGAAAAGAAGCAUUAAAAGAUUUUCAUGACCAAACUGCAUUAAUAACUUAGUACAAACAAAAAGACUGUUUUAUGGACUAACUGCUGCUAACCCUCCUCGAGAUAAACCAUAAAAAAAGAAUCAAAUGCACAAUCAACACUGUUUUGGAUCUUGUGUUUCUCACUUUUCCUUGUAGAUAUUUAACUUUCUUGUUUCACCUUGAUCCCCAAAUCAUCAAAAAGUGGAACAAGUUUCACUCCAUCCACGGGUAGCUGAGUAUUUAAAGAGUUUGGGCGUCAGUCUCUGCAGAUUGAUCGAUUUGGGAUCGGGUGCACUGAUCAACAGAUUGCAUGUAGAACAGAACGCGUUGUGCUGAUGUCGUGCCGAGCUUGUGGUUUGUUAUUUUUGUUGUAAACGUCAUUGUUCUCCAGCCUGUCUUUUGUUUUUCCUCCUCCACUGUGAUCGGGGAAUGUAUGGAAGCCCACGUCUGCCAUGAAGUGUUGAAGUAUUUGUAAUCAGUCUUGGUCUAAAGACCUGUUUCAAGACCACUUUUUAAAAGUCUCGGUCUUGUCUCGGAAAUCGAAAGCAUUUGAUUGGUCUUGUGUCGGUCUCAGACUUGGCGGACUCCAGAUUCUAAAUCUGACAGGUCAAAACCACCAGUCAUUAGAAUGUCAACAACCCUUUCUAAAAGAACAAUUAACUCUGGUUCAUUGAGAAUUCGAUUUUUCCCCCGUUUACAGCCGCAACCUUCCCGGUGUUACGGUCUAAGUGAGUGACACGCCCGCUUUACACAUGGUCUUGGACUUGUCUCGGUCUGGCCCUGCCUUGGUCUUGACUCGGUCUCAAUCCCUAAAUGUCUAUGACUUGUCUCGAUCUCGAAGCAUUCUGGUCUUGGGUCUGUCUUGGUCUCAGUUAGUUUGGUCUUGACUACAACGCUACCGCCAUGACAGAAAAAAAAACAUUAAAAUGCAUGAUAAAUCAUAAUACUCACGCUUAAUCCAGACCAUAAAGUGCUUUAUCAAAAUAUGUGGCUCAAGUCAGAAUUCUGACGCGAUGAGUCCUCAUAUUGACUUCUGUCUCAUAAACUCGCUGUUCUUUUUUUUAUCAUGUUUUUAAAACAUUUGGCGGUAAAGGAUUGUAUUCACAUAGUGGCCAUUUUUCUCCAAACAUCACUCUCAGCGCUACGACAUUAAAACAUAAUUUGAGCUCCUCGUUCUGUGUUGAAAGGUUGUGAGUCUUAUAAAUGUAGAGAAUCUGACCUUUUUAUAUAAUUUAACCUCUUUCAGCAACUGAUUAGCAACAGGAAAAUAGGAAUAGUGAACAUUUGAAGGAGCAUACAGCGAUAUUUCGAGCAAAAAUAACAACAUAGUUUUAAUGCAUCAGAUUAGCAUAAACAUAGUUCCUAGCUAACACUACCAUUUUCUAGAAAGUUGCUAAAUGCGAGCAUAAGCGUAUAGAAAUGUGAUGUCAAACCCUUUAGCCAAAGGCGAUUAGGGAGAUUUGACCAGUUGUUAGAUGACCUACGCUAACACAAUUAGCAUCCUGGAGCAGUACGGCAUUGAAACACCGUUUGAGCGUCUCACCCUGAGCGCGUAUUUAAAGUUAAAAUGUCUGCCGCGUGAGCAUGUUGGUGAGCGGGCUUCCAUAGAGGGUACCUGUUUGAGGUUACACCUGGUCAGGGUUUUUUCCUGCUCGCGGUGAUGAGGAGCAGGCUGGAGUCUUGUUUCUUUUCUUUUUUGUGUUCUUGGAUACUAACACGGGUCUUUUGUAUGUGAUAUCCCCCUCAUUAUAUUAAACCAAUAUAUCGUGGUGCUAUAUAUAUUUGAUAAAAAUGAUGACUAAAUGUAUCGGGUUUGCUAUCGUCUGAAAAUAAUUGUGAGUGGAAAGGGUUGUUGUGAAAAAAUUUAUUUUGGAUACAAAUGAAAAAAAAAAUCUAUGUUAAUAGUUAUAAAUCUAUUGAUAUUAACACUGACCCCCUGAGGUACAUUAUUAGAUUGCAGUUUAAAGUUUGUACAUCUUUUUGAUAGUGUAUACCAGUUUCCUUUCAUAUGGUAAAUUUGUGCUGUGAUCAAGCUUUGAUAGACUUUGUAAAUAAAGCCAAAUGUUUGGAUUAUUAUAUCGGUUGUAAUGAACGGCUUCUUUGUUUACAAGCAUUGCAAACUGUUUCCGCAUGGCUGUGAAAGUUUAUCUGGUGAUUUUUUUGUAAGAUCUGACUUUUACACUGAAUAAAAAGGCUUAUGACUUCAAA